CAUCAGCAGCAGAGAAAACAGGCAACUUCCCAUUUUUAUCUCUCUCCCUGCCUUUUUCUGCCUCUGCUUUCUGUGCCUGUCCCUCUCUGUGAACUCUCUCUCUCUCUCUCUCUCUCUCUGAAAAAAUUAAAUGCAAAGACGCGUACGCCCAACAGGGAAGAAGAAGCAUAGAAACUCCACAAACCCAACAAAGCUUUUUCAUUCCAUCCCUAAACGAAAUAGAAAACAGAGAAAGAAGAGUCAACCGCCCAACUUUCCCAACCCUUCUCUUUUCUUCAAUGGCCCAGCUCAGCUGGACCAAAACUGCAAGGUAAAACAAAAAAGAAAGCAAAGGAAAUUUGCGGAGAGAGAGAGAGAGAGAGAGAGAGAGGUAAAGAAGAAAGAGAAGAGGUGCCUUCAGAUGUCCUCCAACCCAACCCACCUCUUCUCCAAUAAAAACAAUGUUGGGUCACAUAUGCCCUUCUGCAACCCCCCAAAAAAUCCCAUCUUCAUCACUACUGUCUCAACCUCAGCUCUCUCUCUCUCUCUCUCUCUCUCUCCCUCCCUCCCUCCCUCACUCAAAAGAAAUACCCAUUUUUAUUUUUCCCCCAUCUCUUUCCUUUUCCACACAACCGAAUUAUGUGGGCUUUAUUGGGUUUCUUGUCUUGGUCAGAGUUUCACAGAGAAAACAGGGAAGGCGAGAACCUUUUCAUUUUCCCCUUCCCCUCUCUCUCUCUUUCUUGUUUCUCUCCCUCUUUAUUGUUUUGUCCUCCUACCCUCUGUCUCUCUUUCCUUCAUUAUUUCAAUCGCACCCAUCUCUGUGGCCUCUCUUUUCAACUUUGUUUGCUACCUUUCGUUGCCUCUGUUCUUGACCUAAGAUGAAGAAGAUGAAAGGGGUAGCUGUUAUGGAGUCUUCUCCAUAUGCUGCUCCUGAAGAUCCAAGAAUCAGGUACAAGCACCAGAGUCUCAUGCAGGACUACCAAGAUCUGGAAAAGGAGACGAAUGCCAUGAAAAAGAAGAUGGAAAUGCUGAAACAGCACAAAUUUACACUGUUAGCUGAAGUCCAAUUCUUAAGACGACGAUGCAAGUACUUAAUGGAGAACCAGCUCGCAUCUCCGCAACAGCCACAUAGUCGAGCGAAACGUAAAAAUAUAGAAGUGAAGAGUGAUAACCUCGCAAAGGCUAGGAGUAGAGCGGUAAAGGCGUCUGCUCAAGGAAAAUCUGCUUCAGCUCUCGAUCUAAAUAAAAAGGGGAAAGUCAGGAAUGGAAGGAAAGCAGCCUUGCAAAAUCCCAUGCCUCUUUUAAAUGCAAAAGAGGAGAGAACCAUUGUUGGGAGGGAAGCUGCGUAUCACCACUCUGCACGAAGUUUGGACUUGAACGAGAGGGAUUUUAUUGCUAGUGGGCGGGAAGUUGCCAUCCAAACUCCCACCCCGGUUUCCGAUAUGCAUCAUAAGGAGAGGCUUCGUGCAGGAAGAGAAGUUACCAAGAGAAACCCUACUCCUGUCUUUGAUUUAAACCAGAUCUCGACAGAGGAGUUGCAGAUCAAUGACCAGCAGCCAAGAAGUGAAGAAGUAAAUAGAAGUUUAGGUACAGGCGAAGGCGAGGAGCUCAAUAACGAUGUGAAGUUAUCAAGUUUGAGGAGUAAGAAUACUGCCAACGGGCUUAGCAAGGUAGGGAAGAGGAAGAUCUCGUGGCAAGAUCAGGUGGCUUUAAGAGUUUGAGGUUACUUUUACAUAUUCGUCGAGCUGGGAUUGUUGCUUGCUGGGGCUUGAGAAUAACCCCAUAUGUGCCUUGAUGUUCACUUUUGCCUGCUUUUUUGUCAACAACAAUCAGGUUAUGCAGUAGCAUAGUUGCAUGAUACAUGUCUAGGGAUAGAAUCAAGUAGCAAGGUAAAUGAAAAAUCUAUACUGAACCUAUGUUAGUUUUCUUCAGGACAGUGAAAAGUCACUGCACACGAUCUUCUACUCCUUGAAUUGCUGUAUGUGGUGAGGUAAUAUAACCCUGCAGUCUUGCAUUAACAGCUUUAGGAGCAUAAAGUGGGAAUCAUCUUUACAGGGACUAUAACUGAACUUUCGGUGCUUGUGUGAAUCGCUAUACUAUAACUCUCACGGGAAUGAGAUAAAUCAUGUGAUAUCUAUUCUCAAGAAUACUACUUUUGCAUGAUGUUCAUAUCUAUGGAUCUUUG